AACAAGCGAACACAAAAAGGCCGUUCAGCAAUCUUGACACAAAGCAACAGAAAUUAUAACGCUCACCAAAAACCCAGAGCGAAAAAAACAAGAGCAUAUUCCUUUUCUUCUCCGGUGACAUUCUCACUCUUUUACUUCAACUUGCCGCUGAAUUUCUCUCUUCAGGUGGCUGUGUGGUUUUAGUCUUUGACAAAGAGAGCGAGAGAAAGAUGAAGAGCGUCUACUCCACAAUCUAAAGCAACCAUGCAUUAGUCCUUGACCCUGAUGUGGUUAAGAUUUCACUCAGGGAAGUAAUAUUUGCCUGAAGUGUAAAAGCUUGUGUUGGCAUAUUAUCCUGACAGCAUGGAUUGGGUGGAAGAAGUCAAGGAUCAGUCCUUUCCUUUGAAAAGAAAGAGAAAUGUCAGAACCAAGAAACUAGAGUUUGUCGGAUGGGGAUCCAGGCCAUUGGUUGAAUUCCUUCAGUCAAUUGGUAAAGAUACAAGCAGCACAUACUCUCAACAAGAGGUGACUGCAGUUGUCAAUGAAUAUGUAAAUUCGAAUAAUCUUCGUGAUCCACAAAAGAAAAACUGGGUUACGUGUGAUGCGCGACUUCAUUCCCUUUUUGGAAAGAAAUCUAUACUGCGGAAGAGAAUCUCCCAUUUGUUGGAAGUGCACUUCAGUGAGAACAAUGAUGAAUCAGAGGAUGAACCUUCUAACAGUUCGGAAGAGGAGGAUAUUUUAAUAGCAUCUAAGGGAAGAAAAAGUACAGGGAGUGCAAAGAAAAAGGUUCCCGUUGUUCCUAAAAGCUGUUUUGCCGCCGUAAUUGCUGAAAACAUUAAGCUUGUGUACUUGAAGAGGAGCUUAGUUCAGGAUCUUCUAAAGACACCUGAAAGUUUCGAAGAUAAAAUUGUGGGUAGCUUUGUGAGGGUAAAAUCUGACCCAAACGACUACUUUCAGAAAAACUCCCACCAGCUUCAGCAAGUUGAAGGUGUGAAAAAGGUUUCGGCAACCAGCAAUGCUGCUUUUGAAAUUCACCUUCAACUUUCAAAUUUGAUGAAAGACAUUCCAAUAUCUUCCUUAUCCAAUGAUGAUUUUUCUGAGGAAGAAUGUGAGGAUUUGCGUGAAAGAAUAAAAGCUGGUGUGCUCAAGAGGCCCACUGUUUUGGAGCUUGAGUCAAAAGCGCAAGUUCUGCACAAGGAUAUCACCAAGCAUAGGAUUGAGAGAGAAAUUCCCUUGUUACAAAAGCGCAUUGAGCAUGCCAAUGAAAAGGGAUGGCGCGAACAAGUGUUUAAGUGUAUGGAGAAGAAGCAGCUGCUACAAACAAAAAAAGAACAGGAUAGACUCUUUUCCAUGAUGCCAAAAGUUGUAGCUGAGGAAUUAGAGCCUGAAGUUAAAACUGUUGAUGCCCAAAAAGAAAGUGAAGUGGAACAUGAAAGUGAAAAUGGCUGUUCACCAAAGUCAACUCCUAAUGGAGCUACUGACAAUUCUGGUGCAGGAGAUACCGUGAUCCCAUCUAAUAGGAUUUUUGUAAAUGGAGAUGCAUUCCUUGCUGUCGGAAAUGGAGAUACUGUGAUACCAUCCAAUAGGAUUUUCGCAGGUGGAGAUGCAUCCAUUGCUGAUGGUAAUGAUCAACAUACAGAUAUGACUCAAGAAAAAAAAGAUACCACCAUCUCUGUAACAGCUGAAAGAAGUGGAGCAAAGCCAGUUGUUCCCUCUGGAGAAGACGGCGUCACUCAACAAGUUCAGGUCCAGGUGGCUGUUCAACCCGAGGUAAUUGAAUUGAGUGAUGAUGAUUCAGAUGUUGAGGACCAAAAAUAUGGAAAACAGUCUUCUGAUAUGAACCCUGAAAUCGAAAUGUGGUGCUAUCGGGAUCCUCAAGGAAACAUACAGGGUCCUUUUUCUUUGACAAUUAUGAAAUUCUGGGUUGAUAAUGGCUACUUCGGGCCAAACUUUAGAGUGUGGAAGAAUUGGCAAAGCCCAGAAGAAGCUAUCUUGUUGAUCGAUGUGCUUCACCAAUUUUUCCACAUCAAAUGAAGGUUGUGUUCUAACAUCAGUACUAGGUUGGCAACCUCUGAACUUCCGUAAAAAGCUGUUUCAAAGUUGUCAAUAUUGGUUGCUGAGUUAAAACAAAACAAAAAAAAAAGGUUCUUUUGCUUCUUAAAUGUCUGUAUUUAUGAUCACUGAUCCAUCGUACACUAAGAUACAUCUUUCUCGUGAAAAUGGCAUCAAUCCUUGCAGCCAUUGCUGCAUUUCAUGUUUGUUGUAGUAUUAUUACUAGUCAUUUUUACUUCUCA